AUGGAGAGGAAAACAGAUAUCAAGGCUUACAAGCUGAAUCAUGCGAUGAUUCGUGUGAAGGAUCCCAAAGUUACGAUCCAGUUUUACAAGCUUCUUGGACUUAGCGUCAUCCAAAAGCUUUCAUUUCCGGAGAAUAAGUUCGAUCUUUACUUUCUUGGCAUUGACAGCCCAGGUUCCCCGUCCCAUGGGAAGUUCACCUUCGAUCGUCAAGGUUUGAUCGAGCUCACUCACAACUUCGGCACUGAAGGUGAUGAUAACUAUCGAGUGAGCAGUGGAAAUGAGAACCCUUACCUCGGCUUCUCCCACAUCUCAAUCUCAGUGGCGAAUGUGCAGUCUACCUACCAGACGCUGGCCAAAGCUGGUUACAAGUUUCAUCAGACCCUCUCCUCCAGGAACGGGCCGGUGAUUGCUCUGGAUCCAGACGGCUACUGGAUCCAUAUCGGCGAGCAGAAUUCGUCGAAUAAGAAUGUUCCUUCUGAUACUCGUCUGUCCAGUGUUAAUCAAUACGCCCUGCGAGUUACAGACGCUUCUCGAUCUGUUCGCUACUACACAGAGAAUCUCGGAAUGAAGUUGAUCAAUACUCUCGAAAACGCGAACGGAAACUCAAAAACAUUUCUUUUAGGCUAUCCUUCAACCGGUCCCUUCACCGGAACAGAAGACUUGUCACGCCGUGAAGGAUUACUUGCUCUCAUCUGGCAAGGUGGAGAGAACGAAUUAUCACAAGUACACAAUGGAAAUGAUCAAACUCAAGGAUUUGGUCAUAUUUGUGUUACCGUCGAUGAUAUCGAUGCAUCGUGUGUACGGUUGGAAAGAUUGAAUGUCGCGUGGAAGAAGAGACUCACAGAUGGAAAGAUGAAGAAUGUCGCAUUUCUUCUUGAUCCCGAUGGUUAUUGGAUAGAAUUGGUGCAGAACGAAGGCUUUACUGGCAAAGCAAAUUUCUAG